UGAUCCGCUGUGCCGAACUGCAGGCGCAUGUGUGCGGCGUGCGCAAGAGAAAUGGUGGACGUUCGAGCGCCGUGAAACGAAAAAAAUCCUCAAAAAUCGUCCCUAAACCUCCAAUAAAUAUGUUUUUACUGCAAUUAUCAGGAGUCAGGUGUCAAAGAAUUCUAAGUAAAUCUAUCCAGUGCACAAGGACGCUGUCUCUUUUGGCUGGAAAUCAGACAAAGAAUUCACACCUAAAUAGAUACAAAAAGCAGUUUGCUAACCCAGCCAUACUGAUAAGGGGAUAUGCUGAACCUGCCAAGAAAACCUUUUCCCGAGAUAAGCCACAUGUUAACAUAGGGACGAUAGGACAUGUUGACCAUGGAAAGACGACACUUACAGCUGCCAUAACAAAAGUCCUUGCUGAUACUGGUGCUGCCAACUUCAAGUCGUAUGGUGAUAUCGACAAUGCCCCUGAAGAAAGAGCUCGUGGCAUCACUAUAAACACAGCCCAUGUGGAGUAUCAGACGGAAAAAAGGCAUUACGGACAUGUGGACUGUCCAGGCCAUGCAGAUUAUAUCAAGAACAUGAUCACAGGAGCGGCGCAGAUGGACGGUGCCAUUUUAGUAGUGGCUGGCACAGACGGACAAAUGCCGCAAACAAGAGAACAUCUACUACUUGCUAACCAGGUUGGAGUUAAGGACAUCGUUGUCUACGUCAACAAAGCAGACAUGAUCGAUGACCCAGAACUUCUGGAGCUUGUUGAACUAGAACUAAGAGAGCUUCUCUCUGAGUAUGGCUACGAUGGUGACAACACGCCCAUCAUCAUUGGCUCUGCCCUUUGCGCCUUGGAAGGAAAGAAUGAUGAUUUAGGAAUAAAUUCCAUCAAGAAACUACUUGAAGCUGUGGAUAGUCACAUUCCAACUCCAGCUAGAGACCUGGACAAGCCCUUUUUGCUACCAAUAGAGGAUGUGUUCUCCAUCUCGGGCAGAGGGACGGUCGUGACAGGGAGGAUAGAGAGGGGUGUGAUUAAGAAGGGCGAUGAGGUGGAAUUUGUUGGGCAUGGUUCAAAGAUCAAGACUACUGUCACUGGUAUUGAGAUGUUCCAUAAGAUUCUUGACCGUGGUGAGGCUGGCGAUAAUCUGGGUGCUCUUGUGCGAGGUGUUAAGAGGGAAGAUGUGAAGCGAGGCAUGGUGCUCUGUCAGCCAGGGACGGUCAAAUCCCACUCGAAAUUCGAAGCACAGGUAUACAUCCUGAAGAAAGAAGAAGGCGGUAGACACAAGCCUUUUGUCACAAGUUACACCCCUCAAAUGUACGUCCGCACAGGGGACGUUGCCGCCACCAUCACUCUCCCCGAGGGGAAGGAAUUUGUCAUGCCAGGUGAAGAUGCUAGCUUCACCGUUCAGCUACUCUUCGAUGUGCCGCUGGAGCAGGGACUACGCUUUACUCUACGCGAGGGUAGCAAGACUGUGGGUACGGGCGUUGUCACCAAGAUCCUUGACUGAACACGGGGCAAGUGGCUCAAUAAGUGAGGUUGUCUUCUGAGAUGGAGUUGCCAAUGUGGGGAGGAUUGAAACAAGCAGGGAAUGCUAAAGUUUUGUGUAUCGUCUCGCCUUUUCUCUUCCAUGAGAAUAACAAAUUGGAUGUUUAUUUUUAACGUUAUACUAAGAUGUAUGAUGUAUCUGAUAAGAAUAAAAACUUUUCCUAUGAUAUAAAAGUCAAACAUAUGGGUGAUAUUAGUCUGCGGUGUGUUCUUGGACGGAUGUUGGUGACCAUUAUUUGACAAGCACAUUUACUUUUCAAACUUAAUCUGCUUUUAACACCACCUUUUUAAACCACUUGGACUUGGAAAGCGGUGUAUUUCAAAACAAUGUAGGUCCAGAAGAUGUCAAAAAUAAAAAAAGCGUAUCGUAAGUCCUAUGCUUCAUAUACAAGAUUUAACCUAAGUAUCUCUUUGAGUCAAACUAGCUGACUUGUAAAUGUUACGUUUGUUCACUUUCCUUAUUAUGACAUUGGAGAUUUUAAAUAAAGUUAAUUUAAUUUCGAA